UUAUUUUACAAUUUUAGGAAAAACAACGAUCAUGAUUUCUUUUUUAUCCUCUUUUGUAGUUAUUUAAUUUUUUUAAAGAAAAGAAAAAAAAAAAAAAGCUCGUUCACUUUUUUUUUUAAAAACAAGAUUCCUUUUUCAUAAAAAUCUCUUUCUUACAACUCUUGUUCACCAUCAGCCAUUGGGAAAAAGCAUGUCAGGAAGUUUCAAUAAGCCACAGGCUGGCGUGAACGAUAUCAGUAAAAGAUCAACCCCAGAACCAAGAUAUCAACCUAUUGCACCCCAUGGUGGCCCUUCCAACGUCCAUUAUGCACCACGAGAUCGUCGUCCUGUAAGAGCCUGUGAUGAAUGUAGAAGAAAGAAAAUCAAAUGUUGUACAAUCGAUAAUUCCACUUCCUGUAAAAAUUGUAUAUCAUAUCAAAAAGGAUGUACUUAUAAUACAAGUAUAAAAAAACGUGGUCCACCAAGAGGGUACAUUAAUGUCUUGGAGAACAGAUUAAAAAGAAUUGAAGAAUUAAUCAGCAGUAUGAAAUCCAAAGAUGCAUCCGAACAAACCACAUCAUCCGUCGUCAUAGCAUCAGCAUCAGCAGAAGUAGAAGCAGAGGCAGAAGCAACACAGCCGGUGAUCAAAAAACCCAAGCGAGUAGAUACACGCACCUCCGAAAGAAUAGAUGAACCCAACGUCAUGCUAGAAACCAUUUCCAGUUCUCAUCUUACCACAGAGGGCCGCUUUGUCAGUAACAAUAACGUUUCCUGCAUCUUUAAAAAGAUGAAUCUCCUCGAUGAAAAGACACUAUCACAAUACGGUAUCGCCAUUCACCAUCACGAAAACAAUGACUAUUUUCAUAUCAAAAAAACCGCCUCCCCCAACGAUCGUCGAUCGGCACAAGUCAAGCAAUUGAUCGAGCUUGGGUUUAUGAAGCCUGAUGAAACCGUGUCCAAUAUCGAUGACUGGGUUUGGAAGGUAUCAGGUCUCCAGAAAUCACUCGGUGAUCGUCUACUUAAAAUCUAUUUUGCUUAUAUCCAUCCACUUUUACCGGUGGUAAACAAGACAUCCUUUUUAGAGGAAUAUCGCGGUAUCCAAUCGUGUUUUCCUGCAGGACCUCUCUUAAAUGCCAUGUAUGGUGCAGCUGUCAGAUAUAUUGAGAACUGUAAAAAGUUUGGUGACGCGGAGAGGUUGGAUGAGGGAGGUAAGCCGUGGGAUUUACCAGAGAAUUUGGAUCAACGACUCUUUUCUACCUUGAUUGUCUUUAUCAAGGGUAAAUAUGCUCCCUGUUUAUCAUCCAUCCAGGCCAUCGUCAUUGGACAUAAUCAUUCGGUCAAUUUCGAGAAUUGGUCGUCUGGAUGGUUAUUGAACUGUGUUGCUGUUCGCAUGAGCCAGGAUAUUGGAUUGCAUAGAUCAAGCGAUGGCUGGAAAAUAUCGCAACAAGAAAAAGAAACACGUAGAAUGGUAUGGUGGUCAGUGUACAUCCUUGACCGAUGGUUUUCUUCAGGCACAGGACGUCCCUUAACCGCCUUUGACGAGGACUGUGAUGAACUCUACCCCUCUGAAAAUGUCAGCAUGGACAAUAUCAUGGACACCAUGACAGACACUGACAGACAUUUGCCGCGCUACCCAUCACUGGAUGGAAACGUGGCCGCUAGAGUGAAAGAACCCUCUAUCCCCAUGAAUCAACCGUUCCUAUUGCUUCUGAAAUUGUCAGAGAUCUUGGGUCGCAUCUUGCAAGGUUUAUAUACCCCUCAGGCCAAGAAACACAGUGCCGUACAUGGAAGCGAUGCCAUUGUGGCCUAUCUGGAUAAUGCUCUGGCCAAUUGGAAAAAAUCCUUACCUCCUUUAAUGGAUUUAUCGUCGGCUGGAAGCCAAAGUCUGUUGGCCCAAGACCAUGUACCACUCCUGUCCAUGUCUGGUUUACUAUGCCUCUCCUAUUGUACACUUCUUAUUUUAUUACACCGGCCCUUUAUUACCAAGGAAGAUACCCUCAACAAAGACAGCUCUUACAGCGACAACCAUGCAUCUCAGAGUGCGCUUGAAAUCUGUACGCAUGCCGCCAUUCGUAUCACCGAGGUCUCUGAGCGUAUGCAUUACCGUGAUUUCCUACUGGUCUCUUGGGGUUUUGCACUCUAUCCCGUCUUUACCGCCUCCCUGAUCCACAUCCACAACUGCUUCAACCCAGAUUCUGCCAUCUCCAGUGUCGCCAAAUCCAACCUUGUGCGUGCCUUUGCCGUUGUGGAUAAACUGGGUAUGCUUUCACCCAUGGCCGUGGGUAUGGGUGCCGUGUUAAAAAAAGUCGUGGCCUUGAGCUCGCUUUUUGUGGAUGAUCCCGAAUUUCUCAGUCAACUCAAUAUGUCUAAAACUCCACCUCCUCCAAACCCAACAAAAACUCAUCCUUCCCAGCCAGCUACCAAAGAUGCUCACCCCCGUAAGCCCACCCCCGUCGCCACCCCCACCGCUCCCAACGUGUACGCCACGGAGGAUUCAUCGACGGGUACUUUGCGUCAACAAUGGUUUCCCCACGGUCAUGCGCAAAAGGAUGUGUCGUUUGAUCUUGCACAACCUGCUGUGAAUGACGGUAGUUGGAUCAAUCAAUUGUAUACACCUACACAACCUACUUUUGGCAUGGAAGAUAAUCUAUCUCCCCCGGUUGUCACUCCUCCAAAAGCGUAUGGACCACCCGUGGGUGGGUUUCAUCCGAUACACACCUAUGGACAUCCCACACAACCCAUGCCACCACCAGCAGCAGCUACAGCAGCAUCAUCAUCAUCGUUUCAAUAUACAAGCAGCACAGCAGGACACGGACCAACCAUGAUGUGUGGACCCUCCGCUUUGUUUGAUUUUGAAGACUUUAUGUUCCCACAGUUUUACAGUACACCGGGAUUGAACAGUACACAACAAGGGGACAUGAUGUCGUUUUCAUAUGCAACACCGAUCGCUCAACCGAUGAUGUCCAGGAUGGAUGCGGCGACAACGACGGCAGAGGAGACGCAUCUGAGGAAUAUACCAGAAAAUCCGUUUUGGAGCGUGCCCAGUAGUAUGGAGUUGGAUGCGUGGCAGGCCUAUCUCUCACCGUUUCAACAUCAAUGGGAACGACAACAACAGCAGCAAUAGUAUUCU